CAGGGAUCAGGUGCAGCGGUCUAGACCCUGACAACAUGCCUGCUGCGGAGGCUCUUUAGCAAAGAUGUUUCUACUCUGAGGGAGGAUGCUAUCUCCUCAAUGCAGGGACUGGAUGCCUUGGGAGGCCCAGGUCCAGAGAGUUUGAGGUGAGGAUGGGUCAAUGGAAAACCUUCCCUGCCCCGCCUCUAAGGCGGGGAUUAGUUCACAAAGCUUCCUGUCAGGCCUGAGGCAAAUUGGAUGCAAUGGAGGGUUUUUUCCCUCCUCUGACAUGUGCUUGAGCUGCAGCUGAAAGGAAAUGUGUCAUCUGUGGUUUUCAUUUUCAAAGUGGAGAGCUCGCAGCCAGGCCGCCCUCCUUGCUGCAGAUUUAUUUCAGUUUUCACACUCUGCAUCUCCUGUGAGCUCAGGUUUUUGUCAGCGUGUUUCCAGAAGAGCCAGAGAAGCGGGGGCUAAAACACUCCCUUUACUAUCAGAUUGUGAGCAGCUCCUGGAAGACUGAUUACCAGGUGAGCUUGGCCAUGGAACCUACAGGAUGUUACCUGCAUGCUGCUCUUCUGGCAACCACCAUCUUUUCCUGGCUUCCUCAAGCAAAAGCAAAUGCCACGUCCCUCUGGGUUAUAAACAGUACCGACUGGGAUCCCAUCCUUCAGAAUAAAACAAACAGGAGCGAGGAUAGAAGCCCCAUAAACCCGGAGACUCCAGAAACAGAUGUGGUAAAUACUCCCAGCAUGCCCAAGGUGAGGACACCAUCACCUCACUCCUUGUCCUUAGCUCCUCCAUCUGGACAUGACCUCAACACACCUUCUCCUCCUAAGGACAGUAGCACUCCAACAAUGCAGAGCAUUGAGCGCACAAGCAAGAGCCAGGACGACAUCUUUAAGAGGGACAUUUGUGAGGAGAGCAACAGCAAAAUGGCCAUGCUGGUGUGCUUGAUCAUCAUUGCGGUGCUCUUUCUUAUCUGCACCCUCCUAUUUCUGUCCACUGUGAUUCUGGCAAACCGAGUGUCUUCACUCAAGCGAUCCAAACCAGUCUGUAAGCGACAGACAAGAAGCAAUGGGGACUUUCUGGCAAGCAGUGGCCUGUGGCCGGCGGAAUCUGACACUGGGAAAAGAGCAGAACAGCUCACCGGGGCCCAACUGAUGCUGCAGGCCACUGGCACCCUCACCCUUCCAAGGGAAAGAAAAGACAAGGGAGCAACAGAGAAACUCACCCAUUGAGAACGGGUAAAUGAAAGGGAUCAAUAAAGUUGGGUUGUGAAGGCUUCCAGCAGAAAUAGAGUAAGCUGGUAUUUUUAUUGCUGGUAGCCUAGAACCUGACACGGCAAACCUGGAAACCAAAGGUCAGACAGAAAGGAUGACAGGGAAAAGUAUGCCUGCCUAGGGGACCAGUCAACAGAUCGGGUUCGAAUCCUGACUCUUCUACUACUGUGUAGCCCUGGCCAAGUCACUUCACCUUUAUUAGGGGCCUCAGUUUUCUGAUCUAUAGGGUGAGAAUGUUUGGACUACAUACAGGGCCUAUGAUCCCAUUCAGUCAAAUCCUAAGAGCUACGCACUUUUAUUUUGACGCUAAAGAUUUCAUGGCUUCACAGGACACAGAUCAAGAAGGGACUUGAGAUGUCAAGUAACCAAAGAUCCUGGAAGAUCCUUAUUUAAAAAUAAGGCAGUAAAGAACGUGAAAUGUAGAGAAACAGAGGAAGGGCUGGCAGGAGACAGACAGAGAGAAACAAGCAUUCACCAUGUUCAGCAAGAGGACUUGGGAGAAACUCCAUCUGGAUCCGGUCAAAAUAAUUUAAAUGGGUCUAGUUUAGGUCUAUCCUCACAACCAGCUGCUUGCUUCUCUACCUGGUAACAGAAGCUAUCACAAUUCUAACUCACCUAAAGGUCUACAGUCUGACACAGCAAUGCCUCCCACUGCCACAAAGCUUGCUGUAAGUCAGUGAUGUGUUGAUCUUUCCAUUAUGUGCAAGAAUUCAGAAAGCUUAUUAAAAUGCUAUUUUACAUGAUAAAUACUGGAAUCAAUCUUUCAUUUUGUGCUGCAUAAAAGUUGGCGAAAGUAACCUCAUGACCAUGGACGCUUGCUCCUUGAAAACACUGCCUACACUCCCCAUGCCAACCUCCUUGAUGUUUGCUCCCCUCCAGCUCAUUCCUCCAGCCUCCGACUCAAGCUGGCCUUUCCCAGGUCACUGAUGGCAAUGGGAUGGCCAAGGUGCCAUCAUCCUGGCUUUCUCUGCACAGUUGGAUGCUUCCUUCUCAUUAUUUUCUGUUCCACUCUUUCCCCCAAAAGAAUUGAGCUUCUCUUGAGGCCAAGGACUCUUUCACCUUUUUGUAUUUCCAGAGGCCUGCACGGUGUGCCUGGAACACAGUGGGCGCUUAAUAAAUGCAUGCUGACUGAUAAA